GUGGAAGGAGGCGCCAUAGGGAUUGAAAAGGCCGGGAGGGUAGGCUGGCCGGCCUGGCAGGCUUCCUCCGCGCCGAGAUACUCCGCCUAGAAUCGUCUUGGAGGCGUUGGGCCUGUCGCUUAAGGGGUCAAUGGGCCACAUUUGCUCGAUCCUGGUACCUUUUAGAUGGAUGGAUGCAGCCACCCGGAAAGCUUGCGGCCGUUGCAAGUAUCCGACUGGAGGGAAAGCAUAAGCCAAUAUACCAUGCACUGAGUGACCUUGGAGAUCAUGUCGUCAUAAUUAACACAAGGCAUAUUGCUUUUUCUGGCAACAAAUGGGAGCAGAAGGUGUACUCAUCACAUACUGGAUACCCCGGUGGCUUCCUGCAACUUACAGCUGCUCAGCUUCAUAAAAAAGAUCCAACAGCAAUUGUAAAACUGGCUAUCUAUGGAAUGCUCCCAAAGAACCUUCACAGAAGAACUAUGAUGGAAAGGCUACAUCUCUUUCCUGAUAAUGUUAUCCCUGAAGACAUUCGUAAGAAUCUGGUACAGGAGCUUCCACAGCCACGCAAAGUGCCCAAGAAAUUAAAUGAAUAUACACAAGAGGAAAUUGAUGCUUUCCCAAAGAUCUGGACUCCGUAAGUGUGUCAUAAAGUC